AUGGCCUCACAGAAGGACCCAGAGAAGAGCUGGGAGGAGCAGAACAGCACAGAGAAGAAGAUGGAGCACCCAAACUGUAGCCCCAAGGAAGAGGAGGAGGAAGAGGAUCACAUGGAGGGGGAGGAUGAUGACAGUGAUGACAGUUAUGACUGUGAGGAGGAGGAGGAGGAGGACGAUGAGGAUUGGGGAGAGGAGGAGGGCCACACCCAUGCCAUCCAGAAGUCUUUCACUUGUGCUGACUGUGGUAAGAGCUUCAGACAGAAGAACCACCUCACCCUGCACCGCCGCGCCCAUACUGUCAAGAAGCUCUUCAUCUGUGGUGACUGCGGCAGGAGUUUCACGAACAACGGCAACCUCGUCACCCAUCGCCGCACGCACACCGGCGAGAAGCCCUUCACCUGCAGAGAGUGCGGCAAGAGCUUCAGCCAGAGCUCCACCCUUAGCCAGCACCGCCUGACGCACACCGGGGAGAAGCGGUUCCGCUGCGCCGAGUGCGGCAGGAGCUUCAGCCGGGGGACGAUGCUCGUCCGCCACUGCCGCGUUCACACCGGCGAGAAACCCUACAGCUGCCCUGACUGCGGCAAGAGGUUCAACCACAGCUACACCCUCGGCCGCCAUCGCCGCACCCAUACCGCUGAGAAGGCCUUCAGCUGUUCUGACUGCAGCAAGAGCUUCAACAGCGGCGCGCGGCUCAGGCAACACCGGCGUGUCCACAGCGCAGAGAAGCUGUUCCCCUGUGCUGACUGCGCUGAGGUCUUCACCAACAGCUCCAGGCUGAUCCGGCACCGCCUCAUCCACACCGACGAGAGGCCCUACAGCUGCACUGACUGUGGCAAGAGUUUCAACAGUGAGUGGAAUCUCACCCUGCACCGUCGUGUCCACAGCGGUGUGAAGCCCUUCACCUGCAGCGACUGCGGCAGGAGCUUCAACCGCAGCUCGAACCUUGCACGCCACUGCCUCACCCACACCAGUAACCGGCCUGCACCUGAGGGCAGUCACAAGUAGACCUGCCCUGGAUCUGUUAGGGUACUUGGGACCCCCCUCGAGAAGGCCUUUCCAGCAGACUGAACCAAAAUCUCCUCUUUUGCCACCUUCAUUUCUCAGGGGCUGAGGGCUCCAGCAGGAACAAAGCCCU